GUGAUCUCCCAGUGCUCUCACACAGGACACCUCUGUCUAUAAAACUACACUGCACACAUCACUCUAAAGUGUCCAACACGCAGAAACCGCCUUUUUAUGCCGCUUCCUGUCGCUUAUCUUUCAUCACGUUUUAAAGUAGCACUCGCAGCAGCAGCAGGAGUGUGAGACAGUUUUGCUAUCUGUUUAAAGCAAAUAGAAGGUCCAAAGACCACUCUGAUACAUUAUCAGUCCCAAUUUGAAGCAGCCAUGCCUCGCAUCGAGAACGACAUCAAACUCGACUUCAAAGAUGUGCUUCUCCGUCCCAAACGCAGCACGCUCAAGUCCCGCAGUGAGGUGGAUCUGAUACGCAGCUUUACUUUCCGAAACUCAAAAGGCAGUUACAGAGGCAUUCCCAUCAUCGCCGCUAACAUGGACACGGUCGGAACGUUUGAGAUGGCAUUGGCACUGCAUUCGUUCUCUCUUUUCACUGCCAUCCACAAACAUUACUGCAUUGACGACUGGAAAGAAUUUGCAGCAAAGCACCCUGAAUGUGUAGAGAGCGUGGCCGUCAGUUCGGGAACAGGAGAGACGGAUUUUGAGAAGCUUUCUGCUAUUUUGGCAGCUGUGCCCCAGCUACAGUACAUUUGUGUCGACGUAGCGAAUGGAUAUUCAGAACACUUUGUGCAUUUUGUCAAGGACGUGAGGCAGAAGUUUCCUUCGCACACCAUCAUGGCUGGCAAUGUGGUCACGGGAGAGAUGGUGGAGGAGCUGAUUCUCGCUGGUGCUGACAUCAUCAAAGUGGGCAUCGGUCCAGGCUCAGUGUGUACAACCCGGAAGAAGACAGGCGUAGGCUACCCUCAGCUCAGUGCUGUCAUCGAGUGUGCUGAUGCUGCACAUGGCCUGGGUGGACACAUCAUUUCUGAUGGAGGAUGUACCUGUCCUGGUGAUGUCUCCAAGGCUUUUGGUGCGGGGGCAGACUUUGUGAUGCUGGGUGGAAUGUUGGCAGGCCACUCUGAGAGUGGGGGUGAGACCAUUGAGAAAAAUGGCAAAAAAUACAAACUGUUCUAUGGCAUGAGCUCAGAUACGGCCAUGAAGAAGCACGCAGGGGGAGUAGCAGAGUACAGGGCAUCUGAGGGAAAGACAGUAGAGGUUUCCUUUAAAGGGCCAGUGGAGGACACUGUAAAGGACGUGCUCGGCGGAGUUCGCUCCACCUGCACCUACGUGGGAGCUGCUAAGCUGAAGGAACUGAGUCGCCGUACCACCUUCAUAAGAGUGACUCAGCAAAUAAACAAUGUGUUUGGGAGCCAUGACUAAGCCAUCACUGAUGCUCAUCAGUUGCUGAUCUGGUCUAACACAUUUUUCACAUCAGUUAAAGAGCAGAACUAUGCCAGAUUAAUGCAAAGGUUUAGAAUUUUGAUUUAUUUUAGUAGUAUUUUAGUUAUUGUCUUUGCAUUCACACAAAAAAUAAUGGUUAGGGUUGUGGCUAACAUGGCUAAAUGAAAUUCACCGAGAUAGCCUUCAUAGAAAGACUUAUCCAAACUGUUUGGCUUGAAAAUGUGAGGAAAAUUAGAUUUUACCCUGCAGUGUUUAUUUUUAUUUUAUUUUAUUUAUUUAGUUAUACAGGAAAUAUUACAGAAAAAUAAAAAGUCACUCAGCUUCCCCCUACUCUUAUUUGUUCAUGUCUCAGGGUUUACUGCCCUUACUUUAUUGAAACUGUCUUUAAAACAGACCAAAUCCUGUUAAAGAGCAUUGUUAUUUCUUCUGUUCAGAUUUUACUGUUGUACAACUUUGUAGUUUUUAUGCCUUUUUUCCCAAACUGGACCUAAACUCAGCAGCUGUUGCCAUUCCACAUCAAUUAUUAUAAUUAAUGUCUUUGAAAUGUUUUCUUAUCUAUUGAUCAAUAAAUGAGACAACUGUCCUCUUGCAACUAAAA